CUAAGUUCCCAAUUUCAUAAAAAAAUGAGCACUUUCAUGUCCAUGUUCAUGUUCCCUUCCCUUCUCAUUGCUCAGCUCCUCCUCUUGACUCACUCUGAGGCAGCCAUAUUCGACAUUCGAAAUAAUUGUCCUUACACUGUCUGGGCUGCGUCCGUGCCAGUUGGUGGUGGUCGCCAGCUAAACCCUGGUCAAACCUGGAGAAUCUAUGUUCCAGCUGGCACAUCACAAGCCCGUAUUUGGGCUCGAACCGGUUGCAAUUUCAAUGGUUCGGGUCGGGGUAGGUGUCAAACUGGAGAUUGCAGCGGUCUCCUCCGGUGCCAAUCUUAUGGGCAACCCCCAAAUUCUUUGGCCGAGUAUGCCCUAAACCAGUACAGUAAUCUUGAUUUUUUUGACAUCUCUCUAGUCGAUGGAUUCAACGUGCCGAUAGAAUUUAGCCCUACAUCCAAUGGGUGCAGCCGUGGCAUUAGGUGCUCUGCUGAUAUUAAUGGGCAAUGCCCAAAAGAGCUAAGAGCUCCUGGAGGAUGUCACAAUCCUUGUACCGUUUUCAAGACUGAUCAAUAUUGUUGUAAUUCUGGAAAUUGUGGCCCAACAGAAUUUUCGAGGUUCUUUAAAGAUAGGUGUUAUGAUGCAUAUAGUUACCCUAAGGAUGAUCAAACUAGCACUUUUACUUGUCGUGGAGGAACCAAUUAUAGAGUUGUUUUCUGCCCAUAAAUGCCAAGAAGCAUAUUUUGCUGCAAAUGGUAUGGAAAAUUACCAAAAUAAGUGUACUUAUAAUAA